CGCUUUUCCACACUCUUUACAACUUCUUGACGCCACUCCUGGAUAAAAGGUGAUGGAAUUUUGAACUGUUCCUGCUAGACCCAAUAACUGAGUUGGCUGUUACAGGACAAGAUAAUUCAUCCGCGAAUUUCCACUCGUCACCACCACUGACUCGCUCGUCAUCACUAUCAUCAUCGUUAGCAUCAUCAUCAUCAACACUACCUAUCACCCUCAUCUACCCGCAAAAAUGGCAACUCAACCGCCAACCAUCGAAACUAACAACCUCACCUACACCUUCCCCAACUACGACACGGGCGUCUCCAACAUCACCAUCUCCCUGCCCGCCCGCUCGCGCACGCUACUAAUCGGGGCCAACGGCGCGGGCAAGACCACUUUGCUGCGGCUGCUGGCGGGCAAGCGCAUGGCGCCCGCCGGGUCCAUCCGCGUGGGCGGCGUCGACCCGUUCAAGGACGGGCUCGAGGGCGUGACGUACCUGGGACUCGAAUGGGUGCUCAACUCGGUGGUGCGGGCGGGCGACGUCGGGGUUUCCGAACUGUUGUCGUCGGUAGGCGGGGAUGCGUUCCCCGACAGGCGUGAUGAGUUGGUGAGUGUCCUCGACAUUGACACGGCCUGGCGCAUGCACGCCGUGUCGGACGGCGAGCGCCGCCGCGUGCAGCUCGCCAUGGGCCUGAUCCGCCCCUGGACGGUGCUGUUGCUCGACGAGAUCACGGUUGAUCUGGACGUGUGGAGCCGGGCGCAGUUUUUAAGCUUUUUGCGCCGCGAGACGGAGACGAGGGAGUGUACCGUUGUAUAUGCCACGCAUAUCCUGGAUAAUCUCGCCGGCUGGCCCACACAUCUCGUGCACAUGCACCUGGGCACGGUCAAGGGCUGGGGCCCGGCUGAGGAGCUGCUGCGGCGCGAGCUUGACGAGGUGGUUGCUCGGGAGGAGGAAAAGGAGGAGGAGGAGGCUAUGGUGGGCGCCGCCAAGGGGAAUAGUAGGCUGGGCCAGUUGGUGCUGAGGUGGUUGAGGGACGAUUUGCGCGAGCGCGGGCCGAGAAGCCAGCACCGGGUUCAGAGGGGUCCCGAGGGGUGGACUUACAGUAGCCCUGGCAUUGGAGGGUACGGGCUUGAAUCCAAGGCAGCAAUGGAGGAGGACCGCGAUUGAGGAAGCUUGAGGGAGUCAGGCUUUUAGGGGGUAGGUAGGGAUCGGGGUAGCUGCGUCUGUUUUAUUUCUGUCAACUGGAAAGGGGUUCGGUCUCGCGGGUAGGUGGCUUUAACAUGAUACCCAGGCGGCAUUUAACAUGGCGUUUGCUUCGAGGAGAGAGACGGUCAAAAAUAUUGAUUUAUUUCUAGUUCAAUUG